CGGACAACAACCAACAACUAACAUUUAUGCACAAAUAAACUUACCAGGUCCGUUACCAAUGAAUCAAAGACCUCUCUCAAUGAAUCAAAAGCCUCUCUCAAUGAAUCAAAAACCUCUCUCAAUGAAUCAAAGACCUCCCUCAUACAGAAAUGAUAAACGUUGUUAUGAACGUAAAAAAGUUGGACAUUAUAAAAAAAUUGUCCACGGCUUAAAAAUAGACGCAGACAAAAUCUAG